AUGCCUCGCCGCCGCGAAAUUGCGCCACGUCCUAGAAAGGAUCAAAAACGGCGACGAGAUAUUUCCCCAGAUUCAUCGACCUCUCCGCCUCCAGGAAAGAAAGGUCGUACAGGCAAGGGCAAAGAUCUUCUCAAGGAAACUGGUGGAUCUCAAAGAACAUCACGAACCAUCGUGACACGCAGCUCUGUUCGUCGGCCUUCCCCGCUGUCGCAGGAGGUGCUGGUAGCUGAAAGUAGCGGCGAAUACAAAAGAUGGCCCCGUCAAGAUCCGCCCAUCACCAACGUGAAUGAUAUUCCCAAGAGCUGGAAGUGGCACCCGAAUGAGCCUGAUCUUGAUCCAAAUGACGUUGACGGCCAUAUUGCCCGAAAUCGCGAGCGUAUCGAGGAUGGAAUCCUGCCUGCCGUCUUUGAAAUACGACUGAAGCAAUAUGAAGCGAGGAAGAAAUACAUAGAUGAUAUGAUUGCUUCAGAGCCAGCAGGCCUCGACAAUGCUGUUAUCGCUCGACUGAAUACUUUGAAGACUAUGAAGACGAUUCUCGAGCGAGAUGGCGAUGAGAAUGAACAGCUUCCCAAUGUCAACGCUCUGAUUAAAGCUUAUAGAUCCAGAAAGCUUUCCUGGUCUUAUGAGGCAAAGGUCACCUACUGGAACAAAGGGAAGCAGCUAUCUAAGCCAAGGGAUUUCAAAUUUGACGAUUUACUCGACUUUCAUAAAAAGCAUGACACAGGGAAGGGCUUCUGGGUCGAAGGGUUUUCAGGUCCGGAACCUAAACGCCUAAUGGCCCAUAUGCGUAUCCCCGCGAACCCUGCGGUCAAUAUAUGGCCCUCCCAUACGAUUUGGUUCGAGCUCAGAGCUCCAGGUGUGACUGGGAUGUAUUGGAGCAUGGAUUUCUUGGAGGAUACCGGGGCAAAUACAAUGACUAUCUGGGAUACCGACCUCGAUCAAUUGAUCCAAUUCAAUGGAAACCCAAUUCCAGUGCCUAUUUCCCUGGGAGAGACCGUUAUCCACACGGCAAGCAAUACUGUUGUAAAAAAGUCCGUUAUCAUUGAAGCUAGGGUUACGGCGGGAGAAAUGAGAACCAAAUGGUAUACACUGGAGGCUAUUGUGAGACAGGCUCCCCUGAAGGGCGAAACGGCUUGGAGACUCAGUGGCUCAUGGUGGAGAGAGGCUUUGUAUACAGCGUCGUUUCCAGACAGUCAGAGAGAAAUAAUUGCUUGUGACAAUUACUGGGAGUUUCUUAAAUUGGUACCGGAUGUCAAUCCGAACGAUGUGAUACCCAUUUCGCCUCCUAAGAGGGGAGAUAAUGUGCCUGGGAGACCACGGGGAAAUGCUUUCGAUCUAUUUCUCUAG